GUAUGACGCGUCAAUGCGGAAGUGAAUCAAUCGAAAAUAUGGCAGCUCACAGGUGCAGCUCCUCGGCUGCUCUGGUUGUUCUUUGUUACAUUAGUUUUUCGGUGUUUAUCGUCGCAAACAGCCAAGAAACAAAACCAACAGUUGAGAACCAUGCCACUGUUGUUGAGGAUACACAAACUGACACAGAAACAGCCGAAAAAUCGACCGAGCAGCCGGCGGUGUCGGUGAGAGAGUGGGAGGCCACAGAGACAGAGGAAGAGACUCCGGACUCCUCUGCCCCCGAAACAGGGGUCUCCUCAUCCGGACCACACCCGAAAGAUGACUUUCAAGAGGAGCUGGUCAUUCGACCUUUGCACUCGGGUGAUAUUUAUGCCAGUUUCCAGUUUCGCACACUGUGGGAAACCGAUUUCCUGAGUGGGAAUAAAGGUGAGUGAUGGCAGUGGUUAGGAAAGCCUUUAUUUCGAUUAUGAUUCAUCAUAAACACCUUGAUUUUGCUGUAGUGAUAGAUUAUCUAAUAGUAUUAAAUACCCUUCUUUUAAAAGAUUGUUGUCAUUAGACUAGUCGUUGUAUCUUAAAAAGAUUACAAAUACAUGUGUAUACUAUGCAUCUACUUUUUUCUGUGUAAAAAGUAAUAAUCAGGUUUUUGGCUCUAGUUCUUUGGUAACCGUCAAGAAUAUCAACUUUUCAUCUCACUGUGGCAUUUCUCAGUUUGACAUUUUCUUUUGCAGACCCUUUAUGUUCUAGGUACUACAUUUUUGUGAGGUAUAGAUUAGAGAUGGUCCAGGGAGAUAUGGCAUUUCAAAUUAAUCAGCACCGGCCAUUUCCUGCACACACUAAGCCAGUUUAACUAAUCAGCCUAUAAUAUCUGCAGACAUUGCAGGCAGUCUCUUCGUUGUGACUGCUAGUAAGCAAAGUACACAACCAUAGAAUGAUCAUAUGUGGUGAAGUGUUGCCUCUGACAUAAAUUUCAGUCAAGUUCUAAAAACUAAAGCCUAACCAAAUGUACAGAAUAACAACAACAGCCCUAACAACAUAACAGCCACUGGCUGACAUGCUCUGUGAUUAUCUGGCAUCUGCAUCGGUCAUUAUGUCCGAGCUGGACCGCUUUUCUUGCAUUCAAGAUUUUUAACAGUCACUACCUUUGUAUAAAAGAAUAAACCAGUUUAUGUGCUGUAAAGAACAUAAAAACAAAAUCUUCACCAUUUCUCAUAUCAAACAAAUAUUUAAAUGGUGUUUAUAUACAACCACAUUACUCAAUCUAUAACUGUGCAAUUUUGUGUUUUGCAGUGUCCCAUUACCGGCUAUUUCCAAAGUCUCUGGGACAGGUCAUCUCCAAGUUCUCGGUGCGAGAGCUGCACAUAUCUUUCACACAGGGCUACUGGAGGACCAUGCAGUGGGGACAGCCUUUCCUGCCAUCCCCUCCUGGAGCUGAACUCUGGGUCUGGUUCCAGGACUCUGUUACUGAGUGAGUACAGCUCCUCUGUUGCCAAAGACUAUGUGAGGUUUUGCAAAUGUUCUGGAUUUGUGAAUUGUGGCUGUGGUGGUGAUAAUGACUUAUAACUUAUUGACUCCAGAAAGUUUCAAAUUAGUUUGAGAAGUAUCAGUGGUGAACAUAACUUUUUGUGUGACUCCUACAGAAAGAGCUAUGGUCUCAACCUGGGGCCUAUUCUACGAAGCAAGUUCAACCUAGCGAGGUAGCCUUGGAGCUACCUCCCUCAACUUAGCGCGGUAGCCAGCGGUCUCGCUAAACGGUCUUACAACGCUGGUUAUCAACCUCGUGAGUGGAUCCAGCUUUGCUAUGAGCGCAUGCUCGCAUGUAAGGCGGAGCCUGCCGCAUCUGACCAAUCGUGAACAUGGACCAGUCUGGAGCGUCAGAGCAGGCUGGAGAGCAAAGGACCGUGUACUUUACAAAUGAGGAGCACCCUGAAAUAGCACUGUUCAACAUUUUAACAUGCACCAGACAUGUCUAAUUCAUUUCCAAGAUGAAUUCAUUCAUUUGUUCAUUCCUAUCGUGUUUAAAAUUUUUGUUUGAUAUGUAGGCCAUAUGAGCCUUUCAAAAAGGUGGUCAUCUGGAAAAGUAAGUGGGUCCGUGCGGUCCCUGAAACUCUCGCGCGCCAGAGUGCUCCUUAGACAAUACGAGCACCGAGGUCUAUAGGAUCCUCCAAGAACGGACAAGCCAUUUUUCGAGCGAGCUCAUUGGUCAGUGGGCGGGGUUUUUAUACUCUGUGAGUUCAAUCUGGAACCUGACCUGCCCCGGAGCAGGUUAGCCGUUCAGCGUACGUUGCCAUGGAGACUCGCCUCACUAAGAAGUGAACCCGCGUCGUUGAACAGGAAACCCCGAACUUACCCUUAAAGUUACCUCGCUAAGCAGUAAUCCUGCUUCGUAGAAUAGGCCCCAGCUCUACAGAAAGGACUCUCCAAACCAUGUUUACAUACCUGUUUUCUUUUCUAUUCAGUGUGGAUGGAACAUGGAAGGAGCUGACUAAUGUUUUGUCGGGGAUCUUCUGUGCUUCACUCAACUUCAUAGACUCUACCAACACUGUUCAACCCAGUGCCUCCUUCAAACCACUGGGAAUAGGAAAUGGUAAGAAGAGAUUUAUUUCACAUCGGUGUGAAUUUUGUAAAACUCUCAUGUCAUUCACCUUUAUAAAGGUACAUUUUGUGAUCUAAUGUCUUUUGAUCCUACUGCUUGAAGCUCUAGAGAACAGCAUGCAUUGCACUAUGUGACUGAUUUUUACUUUUAUGCGCUGGAAUUUAAGUCACAGACCACCGCUUCCUUCGCUAUGCCACUCUCCCUCGAGAGAUUGUUUGCACUGAGAAUUUGACACCCUGGAAGAAACUCCUGCCAUGUGGAUCCAAGGUCAGUUUCCAUGUUUGAAAUCCUGGGUAUGCUCUGUCUUAUGCUGUCCAGUCUGUCAAUACUAGUUUUCAUCUCCCCCGUCCUAUGUUCAAAUAUCAGCACCUGCAACUAACUUGUUUUUUUUUCGCACUUGCAGGCUGGUCUCGCAGUCCUGUUGAAAUCAGAGAAACUCUUCCACAGCAGUUUUCAUUCCCAGGCUGUGCACAUCAGACCUGUGUGUCAGGACUUGCAGUGCAAAACCACAUCCUGGGAGUUGAGACAAACACUAAAUGUAGUCUUUGACCUGCACACGUCUGGACAGGGCAAACGUGGUACGCAAACGCAUUUUUCCAGUAAUAAAGUUUAGAGUUGUGGAGCUUUGUUGGUAGUAAAGUAGAAAGAAAGAUGGUAUUGCUGUUGUCAUCGUUAACCUAAGUUCUUUGUCAUUUUAGAGUGGUCACUGUUUAAGAUGUUCUCAAGGACCCUGACAGAAGCUUGUCCACUGGCUUCCUCCAGUAAAAUCUACAUUGACAUCACAGACAAUCCUGAGGUUUGAGUCCCACAUAAUAUGACAUCCUCUCUUAAAAAGUUUUUGUUUUCUGAGACACAGUGUUUGUAAUGUUACACGAUGUUAUGGUAUGUUUCUAUUCAAGUAGAAUGAAAGUGGGCAAAUCUAGGGAUUACCUAUAGAGGUUUUCUUUUAUUAUCCACAAACAAGAGAGCACUAUGUCUGCUCUAUGCAGCAGAUCAAUAUACUCAGGAUUAAAAUGUUUAAAUGUUUUACUAUGAACAGUUUGAGUUGUUAGGCUCUAUCAGCUGCAGCCAUAACUGUGUCAAGCAGACUUUGAUGCACAUAAAGAGGGAUUUUAAAGACUUAAGAAGGCUUACUAUAAUAUGAUAUAAAAACCACAAAUGUACAGAACUUAAGUGCUUCAGUCAGUUUCUGCUGUAAGGUGAUAUUGGUUCACAGAGGCACAAUGUGUAGUGUCAUAAAAAAAGUUCAGGCCCUCCUACAUCAUUACCCUCAGUUACCAGGAUCAAUACAGUUGAUUGGUAAGCAAUACCGUUAUAUGGGUGGGGUCUAUUGUGCAGAAUAAGAUACAGUUGCUGUAUACCCCAGGUACAUUUCUGCUGGAGGUAAUCUCAGGUGCGCUGCAAUGUCAGGACUGAUUUCAAGUGCACAUGGAUGUUAAGAAAGCAGGAUUCAAAAAGAUCUCUAAUGAGCAUUUAGCUCAUUUGUUUUCCCCUAAAAUGCCACAGUGUGUUUCUGCAGGUAGCAAAGAAUGUCAACAUUAUCUGUCUUUCUUACAAAACACUUACCAUGUACCCCUAAAAUGUUGAAGAUGAGAUUAUAAUAUAGGUAUGCUCUGUAAUAUGUGAAUAUUGAAUAAUAAGUGUAUAAAUGUACAGCAGCAUUAGCUGAGAGAUAUAUGGUUUUGUUUGUAGGGGGAGCAGUUUGAGGUGACUCCAGCCACACCUUUGCUGAGCCAGGCUGUGGUGCUAGGAGACAGACGGACAUUUUCUGUCUAUGACCUGACCCAACAAAUCACCUUUGGCACUGUGCGCUCCCUUAACCUGCUGAUCCGAUGGAAAUCCAGUGAGGGUGAGUAAGGAGAGUCAAAAGUAUGACACACAGCUUUCUAUGCAGAGCUGGACAUUAACCAUGUGCCAGAUAGGCAAGAUAUAUCAAUAAUCAUAUAACAAUAAUAAUCAUGAAUCAGCAAUGUAUCAAUAAUCAUAUGAUAAUAAUAAUCAUGAAUCAGCAAUAUAUCAAUAAUCAUAUGAUAAUAAUGAUCAUGAAUCUGCACCCUGUUCCUUUGCUAUCUGUUCUCUGUCUCUCAUAAAGGAGCAUAUGAAGUUAUUACUGGAUAGCAUGUAUGAGUGUUUCACCUAAUGCUAAUCCAAAAGACCAAAUAAAACUAUAACUCAGUGUUUUAUUCAACAACAUAAAACAGCUCCUGUUCCUUGUACAUUGCAGAAUCCAAAGUUGUUUUGUUACCGGUGCCCUAAUAUGAAUGUUAUCUAUGUUUCUUGUCUCUGUACUUUGAUGUCUCUCACAUGGAUAUUCAUCAAACCUGGUUGUGGCUCUCUACAGGUGAUAUGCUGCGUCCUCUGCUUCAUGCAGAGCGUUAUGUGGCUGGUUACGGACUGCAAACUGGAGAGAUUCACACGCUGAUGUAUAACAACCACCCCUACAGGUCUUUUCCUGUGCUGCUGCUGGAAUCUGUACCUUGGUACCUCCGACUGUAUAUCCACACUCUUACAGUCACCAGCAAGGGAAAGGACAACAAGCCCAGUGAGUCCCUUUAAAGAGCAGAGAAUCAUAUGGAUUUACUCAAAAAGGCAAUCAGGAUCUGAAAUUAACAACUUCAAAUGACCCAAAUCUCUAAAUAAUAGGUGUAUAAACUAAAAUGAAUGAAGCCACUCAUGGAUGGUUCUAUUAGGGAACAUUAAAGUAGAUAGAUAAUAGAUAGAUAUACUUUAUUGAUCCCAAACUGGGAAAUUCACAUGUUACAGCAGCAAAAAAAUGCAAAAUAAAAUUAAAUAUAAGAAGAAGUAAGUACAAUACAGACUACAAAUACUAAAAAUACUAAGUAAAUACAAUAAAUACAGUCUAAAUAUACUAAACAUCCUAAGAGAAAAAAGUGAGGAGUAGAUAAAUAAAGCAAACUUUUUGGUGAUUCUAUUGGUCACUUACUGUACCUCCCUUGAUAAGUGCUAAGUCAUACAGAAAGCAGCCGUAACAUUAUAAACACUUGGAAAUCUAAUAUAAUCGAUGUUACCAGCUCUGCCUCAACUUUUGCUUUCAGGGAAUUUACUUUUUUGACAUGAUGAGACUGGUGAUAAAUGUACUGAGUACUGUUAAAGACACAGUAGGAGGUGUACUGCAGUGUGUUCACUGUUUGGGUAGUUUCUCAUAAAUAAAUUGUAACAAGAUUACUUAAAUAGUUACUGCAUUUGAAAAGUAACUUCAAUACUUCUUACUUUACUCUCCCGUUUCUUAAUUUACCAUGUACAAGGACAAACAUCACAGCCCAAUCAUCACUGAGCAUAGUCUGCAUCGUUUUGUUUAUUGUAUGUAUGUUUGUCACCUGGGUAUAGAGUACAUUUCACACAAAUAUUUUGUCCUUUCGACUAAUACAGCGAAAGUAAUCCAAAUAUCACCACUUGCUGAAAAACCCUGUGUUGUCCGCCUCCGUCUCUGUCUCCAUUUCCAUCUCUCUUCGCAGGCAACUUUUCGUUUACAUUUGACAGGUAGGCUGCGAGAUAGCGACACAGGGAGAAAAAAACACCCAAGAAAAAUGAAUCCCUUGAACUAAAAGACUUUCAGAGUGUACAGAGACAAGCUGGACAGUGGUCUACACACCCAUGAACCACUUCAACAGAUCAAAAUUUUGCACACAGGGAAACACAGCUGAUGUAACGCAGAGAGGAGCGUUCCCAUUGUUUAGUAAAGUAAUUAAGUUGCUGAUUUUUUUUGUGUAGUCACACUUUAUUUCGUUGCCCUCAAAAAAGCAACAUCAGUAAUAUUACUGUAAUCUGUUACUUUGUAGUGCGUUACCCCCAACACUGAGUGUGUUAUAAUCAAAGGCGUUCCUUUGACUUGUCUACCUCGUUAACAAACAUGAGGGGAGCUUAGUGUUACGAACACCUUUCAACACUUCUAGUACACCAUGGAACACCCACUUCAAGUUUAACAUCAAGUUAAAGAACACGUAUUACCUGUUUGACCAUAUCAACAGAAACAGAACAUAAAGAAGCUUCCUAAAGUAGAACUUAUGGUAGAGCUGUUGUGUUAGGUUACGUCCCAUUGCCCAGGUUCUCACAAUAUGAUUGCUAGUUGGUCUGUAGUGUCCAAAAAGUUAGUUUUGGAUUCUACCUCCAACACGCAUUCACUGAAAGUAGUAUUAUAUGCUCCAAACUAUUCUCACUUCCCUUCAGAUAGUGUCAAAGCUAUCAAUAGAAGAAAUGUCUAUUAUAUUGCUCCUGCUUGCAUCAUGCACAGUGGGAUUUCUUUCACUUAAGAUGUUAGACACAUGACUGCUCCACCGCAGGUUUUAACUGUCACCAGUAAUAUGACUUGUAAUUAUUUGCAGAGGUAACAAAUAAAGACCAGAACAUGCUGAUUCCUAGAAAUUUCAAAAAUUUGAUCCUGAAAACAAACAAUAGGCCACUUUUUUAGGGACAGAUUAAUAAUAGUAAUGUCUAUUGAUAGUAGAGAAGUAAGUAAACUUCAACUAUUGAAUGUAUUAAUUACUGGUGAUGGCUCACUCUCUAGAAUAGGUUUGUAGGGUGAAACAGAGUGUUACCUCACUGCUGAUAGGUAAAAUAUUUUGCUAGGCACAUACAGUUAAUCUACUUUCAAGUUAAUCUGCAGGACUUCCUGUGACAUGCUUACAGUACAUGCAGAUGCUUGUUUUUACCAGAAGGAGGAGGACAUGAGUCGUAUUCCUGUUCCAGCUGUAGAACAAGAUACUCUUUAUGCACCCAACUUAAAACUUUGUUUAACUUUGUAUACUUUAUAUAACAUAACAACUGGUAUUUCUGUGGUACUAUUUAAUUGUGUGGUGUGCAUUUACAUCUCAGACUAACAUGAAAUAUCUUGCUUAUGUAGGCUACAUCCACUACCAGCCAUCGAAGGACCGUGAGAGGCCACACCUGCUGGAAAUGCUGGUCCAGCUUCCUCCAAACUCUGCCACUGAGGUCACUGUGCAGUUUGAGAGGGCACUGCUCAAGUGGACUGAAUACACCCCUGAUCCCAACCACGGCUUCUAUGUUGGGUAUGUUCAAGAGUUAAUCCCAAAAACUGAGAAAAAGAGAUACAUACAUGUUGCUUGUAGGUCCUUUUAAUAGUCUAAGAUUUGGUAAAAUUGUAGAUUGAAAACUAUAAGAAAGAGUCACAAGUCAAGGGAAUUCCAGUGAAUUUAGAUUUUAGAUGUUAGAAUUUUAGUUUUGCCCAAUGCCUGUAGUAUUUUAUGAGCAAAACUGAUAUUUUUAUAGUUCAAUCAAAUAUUUAAACUUCUAGAAAUCAAGCAGCAGUUCAAACGUUUGAAUAUUCCUUUCGGCUCCUACUAUGUCCGAUUUGCCCACCAUUAUCUUUUUUUUUUCAUCUUUAUUUUGAGCUGAUAGUCACAUUUUUAAAGAUUGAUGCAUCAAAUUUAACAAGAGGUCUUAUUUUUCUUUUUAUAUAUAUUUAAAAAAAUGUGUUACCCAUAGAACAACAUAUUGCAACCUUUUUUUUUUUUUUUUGCAGUUACUCGAUCACCAGGGCUCUCAAUUAUUACUUUUCCACAGUGAUACAACAGAUUGUGCCAGCGCAUAAUUUUAACCCCUGCCACGCAUGCAAGUCUUCAUUCAUAAACUGCGAGUGUUUGAAGCACUAUUUCAUCCACUAAACAUCAUCAAAAUUAAAUGAAACUAUAUGUGCCACCAGACAUGGAUGUCUAAGAGUGGGCUACAUGUGUAAGGAAAAGUUUCUGUGCUCCUACAUGUGCAAGGGUGCAAAUCUGCGUCCAUGUUUAUAACCGGGCAUGCCACGAGCAUAGUUUUUACAGCCAAAAAUGUGAUGUCCAAGUUCUGCAGUAUGAGACAAAGAGAGGGGGACAUUUGGAUAAUUUCAACUUUGCCCUCACAUCAUAGCAAUUGGAUGGACAUGCAUUAAGAUGCAUGGGUUCUUUGGAUUGUUAGGUGAGAAUAUAUCACAUCUCAAAUAUGUAUAUAUAAAUUUAUAUAUAAUAAUAAUAAUAAUAUCUUACAUUUAUAUAGCGCCUUUCAGGAUACCCAAGGCGCUUAACAACACACUACAAAAAAACCUAAAUACCAAAAGCCUGAAUAAACAAGUGUCGCUUCAGAGCAGACUUGAAAGAGUCAAGAGUCUGUGCUUGGCGAAUCUCAGAGGGGAGAGAGUGCGCGUAGUCAGCCUAAUCGCGGUCAUAUUUUGGUUAGAGGUGAAAAAUCACUUGUAAAUGAUUCCUUUCUUACAUGUAUCCUCUGAUUCUAUAUGCCUAUAUAUGAUAUCAGCUUACCAUGAGCAAAUGAAUUCACUUGCAUAUGAUUUGGUAGAGGGUGAGGCUCAAGAAAAGGAGGUAAACCUGUUGUGUGAUACAUGUAGGGUGAUACAUCGGAAUUUUUAUUCAUUAUUUUUCUAAUGGUCAGGGCUGAAGUUGUUCAAUAGAUAUGAGUUGAAAAGUAAAAAAAAUGUAAAAAAUUAUUAUUUUAUGAACACUUAUCUGCAUGUCAGUUCUGGGGACAAGCAAGACUGGAUGGAGCUUAAAAACAGAAAUUAGCACUACAAAAAAAUCUAUUUUUACAGCACAUUAUUUACAUGGUCCAGACUCUGUGUAUUUUAUAUUUUUAAUGUAGGUCUUUUUAUAUGGGAAAUAUGGUGUUCUUGUGUUUUUACCAUUUAAAAAUAACAGUGACGUGGUGCACAAAAACUAGCAUUAACAGGGUGUAACAUUGAUUUUUCUUUUUUAAUGGUCAGGGCUAAAGUUGGUUAAGAGAUUUGAGCCAAAAAAUAGUUUAAAAAAAGUAAUUUAUCAACACUUAUCUGCAUGUCCAUUUUGGGGACAAACAAGGCAGGAUGGAGCUUAAAAUUACAAAGAACUGAGGGUUAAUGCUGACAAGAUUAGUUUUAUUCAUCAAGCAUAAAAAGGGUAUUAGGAUAAUAUCUAAGAUCCAACCAUGCAACACUAAACACUAUAUAAGAAAUGAGAAAAUGUUCUAUUCCUUAAGCUUCAGAGGACUGUAGCUUUGAAACUGACGUAGGAGCAGAUCUGACAGAAGUAUGAAAGGGGGGGGGGGGUCUUGGUGCUCAUUGUUACAAGCUCUUUUGUCUUCCUGACAUUCAAAUGACUCAAAUCUGUUUCUUUUUACAUUAAGGUCUUCUGUAAUCAGUUCUCUUGUACCAAGCAUUGUUGCCAUGGAUACAAACAGCUCUCAGGACCGCCCACUAUUCAGCAGCUUGUAAGUAUGAAUUUAAUGCUGCUUAUUCAUGUCUUGUACGUAGAAAAACUCCCUUAUCUUGAAAGUCAAAUGACCGAAUCAAUUAUCUCCCUCCAGUUUCCCCUGCAAAGAGGAGUCCAGCUACUUUAUGCGAGUCUACACUGAACCUCUGCUGGUCAACCUGCCUACUCCAGACUUCAGCAUGCCUUAUAAUGUCAUCUGCUUGACCUGCACAGUGGUUGCUGUGGGCUACGGCUCCCUUUACAACCUAUUGACCCGCAGUUUCCAGAUUGAAGAGCCGAGUCCAGGACUGGCCAAGCGGAUAGCCAACAUCAUCCGCAAACUAAGGGGCGUGCCUCCACUCUGAGGUUAAGGAGGACAGCCAACCUGCUCUAAUUAUAGAAGGGAAGUUUUCCUUUUGCUGAAACCACGGCUAAAAUGUGAAACAUUCAGGGAAGAACUGAGACUGAAGCACCCACUGGUAUGAAUGUUUUUCAAACAGACAACUUGAAGGUUUUGUUUUUGAAGAGAGCGGUUCAUUUAAGCAUAACUGUAUUCAGGACGACGUCUCACUGGCCAUGGAGGAUUUAAGAAAUGUCGGUGUUUAUGUUCUGCAAUGGAAAGUGGGAGCUUUGUUAUUAUUUAAUGAGUCAGAGGAACCAAAGCUGUGCUGUGCACUGCUGUACUAACUGCCUCCAAAUGUUUCCAUUUGAUUGUUUUUGUGGGGACUGAGGCCACAACUCCACUACAAUAUAACACAUCAACACAGUGCAUUGUGUUGCUGUGUGUAAACCAUGGAAAAUAAUGUUUCUACAAAUGUAAUACUGAUGGCCUUACACUGUAUACGUAAGAGAUCUGAUAAACAUGGACCAUCAAUCUCUAAUCAUACUGGAUUACCUGUUUUCUUUUUGUUUGUUUCUUUACAAAAUUAAUUUAUGUUAACUCUUGAAGUUAACUCUGAAAUUUGGACUAAGCAUCACCAUCUAACUCAAGGAAAUCUGUUUCCUUUUAUAUUUGAGAGUUCCUGAGCAACUUAGUUUAUAUGUGUUUUGAUGUUGACUACAUAACAGAUGACCACCCAAAUAUUUAAAAGUUACCCAAAUUAUAAUAAAAAAAUGAAUGUGUCCCUGAGAAAUAACACAGCAUGUCAAAAACUUCUCCAACUAUUUCUUUGCACUCAUUGGUUAUCGGAUGCAUGUUUGAAUGGUAAAGGUGAUUGUCUGCGGGUCUCUUUCUGAUUAAUUUUAUCUCUUUUACUCAUCAGUUCAAAGUCUAGGUAACAGUGAAUUACAGGAAGUCUGGACAAUUUCAUGAAACUGACAUUCAAGAGUGAAACAGUCCUCUAUUAAGUGUGUGUCUGCCUUUAAGUUUGAAGCAGUACUGUGUUUGUGUUUGAGUGUCAAAUCUUUUACACUCUUUAUUGCUUUUUCAAUAAACUGAUAAACGUCUCUUCUGUGUUUUAUUCAAAUGACGAGCUGUGAAAGAAGUUUGACCUAGGCAGCACUGGAGCUGGAGCGCUAUUACUUCCCACUGGGUGCCCACAUUUUUGUCUAAACAAACUUGGCCCCUUUUCUGGCAGACUCAUGAAGAACAAACACAGACGUCUCUGUAUUUGGCCAGUCAGUGAUUCUCACCCCUGCACGUUUGGCAGCAGCAUGGAAUAAUAACAAAGGAAAUAGCAGCAUUCCUCAUAAGUGAUGUGGAUCUCAGGUCAGCUCCAAACUAUGUUAUCUCUCCAAGCAAGUAGACAUUCACAACCGGAG